AUCCGAGCUAGCUAGCGAGUAGUGCUUCUGAUGACCCAUCCAUAUCCAUGCCGGCUCGCGCGCGCACUUUAUAUACUGCUCGUCACGAUCGCGCACUACGCUGCACACAGCCACCCAGCUACGUACCGCGUGCACCUGCACCAUCGGCCGCCGGCGACCGCCACCGCCACCGUACGUACUAGCAGCUAGCUGCGCCAUGGGCACUACUGCCGCGCAUCGUCGUCGACCGGGCAGUAUCGUCGUCCUCUCACCAUCCGCCGUCGCGCUCGCGCUGCUGUUCUUGUCGACGACCCUUCGCCUCGCCGCCGCCGUCCAGCCGUACGGCGGCGGCGGACCCUGCGCGCUGGCCGUGGCGCCGCUCGGCUACCCUUGUGAAGAGCACCAGGUGACGACGGCGGACGGGUACAUCCUGAGCCUGCAAAGGAUCCCGAGUGGCGGGCGUGGCGGGCACGGCGGCGGUGCCGGUGCCGGUGCCUCGUCCUCGCGCGCGGGGCAGCCGGUGCUCCUGCAGCACGGGGUCCUCGUGCAGGACGGCAUGUCAUGGUUGCUGGCCUCGCCGGAGGAGUCGCUGCCGUUCAUCCUCGCCGACCGCGGCUUCGACGUCUGGAUCGCCAACAACAGGGGCACGCGCUGGAGCCGCCGCCACGUCUCGCUCGACCCCUCCAGCCGGCUCUACUGGAACUGGUCCUGGGAUGACCUGGUAGUCAACGACCUGCCGGCCAUGGUCGACUUCGUCGUCAAACAGACCGGCCAGAAGCCUCACUACGUCGGACACUCCAUGGGGACGCUGGUGGCGCUGGCGGCCUUCUCGGAGGGCCGGGUGGUGAGCCAGCUGAAAUCCGCGGCGCUGCUCACGCCGGUGGCCUACCUCGCCCACAUCACCACCCCCAUCGGCAUCCUGCUGGCCAAGGCGUUCGUCGGCGAGGUGCUCUCGGACUUCCUCGGCAUGGCCGAGUUCGACCCGCUAGCGCCGCCGGUGACGAACCUCAUCAGGGCGUUCUGCCGCCGCCCGGGCAUGAGCUGCUACGACCUCGUCGGCUCCAUCACCGGCAAGAACUACUGCCUCAACAGCUCCGCCGUCGACGUCUUCCUCAAGUACGAGCCCCAGCCGACCUCCACCAAAACCAUGGUCCACUUCGCUCAAACCGUGCGCGACGGCGUGCUGACCAAGUACGACUACGUGCUGCCGGAGCGGAACAUCGCCAGCUACGGCCAGGCCGAGCCGCCGGUGUACCGGAUGUCCGGCAUCCCGCCGAGCUUCCCGCUCUUCCUCAGCUACGGCGGCCGGGACUCGCUCGCCGACCCCGCCGACGUGCGCCUCCUCCUGCAGGACCUCCGGGGCCACGACCAGGACAAGCUCACGGUGCAGUACCUGGACAAGUUCGCGCACCUCGACUUCAUCAUCGGCGUCUGCGCCAAGGACUACGUCUACAAGGACAUGAUCGACUUCCUAAACCGCUUCAACUAGUACUAGCAUAUAUAUUUGCUUCAAUCGGUGUCGUCUUCAGCCCCAGCAGGAUUAGACAAAAAAAGGGGGGGACACUGCAGCUCGUAAACGUUGUCCAUACAGAUUAUCAGAGGUGAAAACCAUACAUGAUGUAAUUUAGCAUUAGAUAGUUAAAACAUGGAGCUGCCUCAGUAUGGAGGAUUGUCAACUACUCUCCAUCACAGCAGUAGGUGUGAUGUAGAAGAGUGAUUGUCACACUGUGUGUGUUGCAAAUUUGCAACACAGUGAUUACUAAUAUAAAAAAUACUCUUGAGUUAACCUUUGACAAAAAA